AGCCUCCGCUAGUGAAAGGACCAUUGUGGUAGACAGACAGCUGCUCUCCUGUCUCUCUGGUCUCAGUGAUGCUUAAUAAGAUUAGCCGUUCAUCUCAGCCUGCGUCAGUGCAAAGGGGUCAAUCGCAGGAUUAGCACCUUAAGACUUGAAUCAGUUUAUUAUACUUUUUCUUUAUUACUUUGACUUUCCUACAUCGGCCUCCAAAGCGUGUGCGGUUUAGUAGCAGGAGGAGAGGAAAGGCGUGCAUGAUGCUGCUCCGGGACUGAGUCUGGACUCUCAGCUGCUGAAUGAAGCAUCAUCCGGGGAGCAGCUGCACAAGCGAAGGGCAGUUGGGCCAAAAUCUUGCUGUCUGAGACCCUUGGCGAAUCCUCCUCAUGCCACUGGUGAAUAACAAAGUUGGCGAUGAUUGCACAUCUUGCAGUGGCGAGGCUUUGGCAGAGGGGAAGGCUCUGGUGGAUUCUUUGAUAAAGGUGGUAGCAUGCUAUCGACACUUAGCCGCAUGUGUUGGAGGGAGCAUGGACAGCUUACAGCUCCGCGAUGAGUUGCGGCAGAUGAGGCAAAAGGCCCAAAAUCUGGCCACGGCCCUCUGUCACCAUCUGACCGGUCACCUCCGAGACAAGAGCCUACCUGAGGAGCAGCGGAAAGAGAUGGAGCUCCUCUGGGUGGCCUUCUCCUCCAGUCUUGAGCUCCUUCAUGUUGACAUUUGUAAAGUUUUGAAGAUCAGUAGCAACUUCUCACUGGCUAACUCAGCAUCUCUGGUCCAAACUGGAGUACAAGGGGGAGGCAGUGAGGUGGCAGCUCGAGCUCUCAGUUUGCCAGACCUGAACCAGACUCAGGCCAGAAUACUCCCACCCAGCCUAGAAACAGAAGAACACAGCACCAUGGAGCGAGAGAUCGCACAGAUCGACCACAUGAUUGAUGACAUGGAGAUGAAGGUGAACGUGCUGCGUUGGACGGUAGAGCCCCACGGACCGCAGUAUGCGGAUCCACUGAGCAGCACUGACAGCGCCUCCUUGGCCCUGGUCUCUGUUGUCGAAGAACAGCCUGGCCCCAGACUCCAGCCUCUUUGCCAGCGGAGCCAUGUUUUUGUGCUCUUAUUGCUGUUUGCUGUUAUUUUAGUGGCAGUCACUUUAUCUGUCUGUGUUUCCCUUUUCUCAUGAAUAAAACCUUAAUAUGCUUAAUUAAUUGUAUUUUCUGUAAAAGUAGACAGGCUAAGUAACAAUCUAAGCUUUGCAUGUACGGUAGGGUUCUUUUCCUCUAUGCUCUUUUCACGUUUUCUUUAAAAGCCACUAAAUGUUUUGUCAGACCAUGGCGUAAUAAUUAACACCAAACCAGUCAUUUGCUGCAGAGAAUCCACAGCUGCCAUAACUAAAGGAACGGUAGAAACUUCUUUCAUACGGUGAAUUCACUUUGGAACAGAUGAUUUUGUUUAUAUUUCUGCCUGAAUGAACAAAUCUGAUUGAAAAAUUGAGUAUAUAUAUAUUAUAACUUGUUGCCAUGGAGAUCAGGUAGGUGCUGAUGCCCGGUAGUGUAAGAUGUUUUUUUUAGAUUCAUAAUGGAUUUUGUAUAUAAUCUGCACCAUGAAAUAUCCCAUCCAUUAAAAAUAUAUCAACUUUGAUAAAACUGUUUUCCAUUUGUCUUUGUUAUUACAAAGUAAAGCAUCUUCAGCUGAUUGACAACAUAGAAUUGCUUCAGUGCUGAUAUCCUGAGAAACUAUCCCAUGAUCAACAUGAAACAUAAUCAGAAUCUGCUCUGGAUUUUAAUGCUGAUAUUACUGGAU